AUGACUGAUCGUGAAAUCCUGCCCAAGGACCUUAAGCCAGUCCACUAUGCUCUGUCCGUUUUUAACAUUGAUAGUCAAAAAUACACCUUCUCGGGCAAUGUAGUAAUUGACUUCAAACUGGUUUCUGAGUCCUCUGUUGAGGCUAUUCAUCUCAAUUACCGGGGUUUGAAGGUCACCAAGGGAUCUGCUUUGGUUCAACAAGCAGCCAAGACCGAAUCUACCAUCGAAGUUACUGAAAUCUCGUACGAUGAGAAGGUCGAGGUUGUUACUCUAAAACUUGCUGAACCAAUCCAGCCUGGCGCCACUAAGAUCCAAGUGUCUGUCGACUAUGAAGCCAAGAUUUGGGAUAAUAUGGCUGGUUUCUACCGGUCCAAGUAUAAGACUCCAGAGGGCGAGGACGCUGUUAUGCUCUCUACUCAAUUCGAGUCUACCGAUGCUAGAAGAGCCUUUCCAUGUGUUGAUGAACCUAAUCAGAAGGCUACUUUCGACUUCAAGAUUACUGUCCCUGAGAAUUGGACUGCCUUGAGUAAUAUGCCUGUUGUGUCUAGCAAGCCAAUUGAUGGUGAUGGCAAGAAGGCUGUUUCUGCAGAGUCUACUGCCUCUGGAAGCACCAGUUUGAAAGUGGUCGCCUUUGAGACGACUCCUGUCAUGAGUACUUACCUUCUCGCUUGGGCUACGGGUGAUUUUGAGUACAUUGAAGCUUUUACCGACCGUUCUUACAACGGUAAGAAGAUCCCUGUUAGGGUUUAUACCACCAAGGGCCUCGUCAAGCAGGGUCAACUUGCCCUUGAGAGUGCUGUUAAGAUUAUUGAUCUUUUCUCCGAAGUUUUCGAUAUUGACUAUAUGCUUCCAAAAGCUGACCUAUUAGCUGUGCAUGAGUUCUCUCACGGUGCUAUGGAAAACUGGGGUCUUGUAACUUAUCGUACUACCGCCGUCUUGUUUGAUGAGCUGACCAGUGACAGUUCAUAUAAGACCAGAGUCGUCUAUGUGGUAGCCCACGAGCUGGCACAUCAAUGGUUCGGUAAUCUUGUUACUAUGGACUGGUGGAAUGAGUUAUGGCUUAAUGAAGGUUUUGCUACUUGGGUCGGAUGGUUUGCAGUCGAUCAUUUGUACCCUGAUUGGGAUGUUUUCACCGGAUUUGUUUUCGAAUCUCUUCAAGGAGCUCUUGCACUUGACGCUCUUCGUGGCUCCCAUCCAAUUGAGGUUCCAGUGAGAUCUGGCCUUGAGAUCGAUCAAGUAUUUGAUCAUAUUUCCUACUUAAAGGGUGCUUCUACUAUUCGUAUGCUUAGUACCCAAUUGACUGUCGAGACCUUUCUCAAGGGCGUCUCUAACUAUCUCAAGAAGCAUGCGUACUCUAAUGCUAGAACUGCUGAUUUGUGGGCUAGCUUGAGUGAGGUCAGUGGAGUUGAUGUGGCUGCUGCUAUGGAAAAUUGGAUUGAAAAGAUUGGUUUCCCGUUGUUGAAGGUUCAAGAGGACGAAAAUACCGGUGAUGUCACUGUUCGUCAAGACCGAUUCCUCAGCACUGGAGAUGUUAGUUUGAACGAAAACGAAACUGAGUGGUGGAUUCCUUUGGUUAUCGACAGUGAUGCCAAAGCUGACAGCUCAACCAUUCUUGACCAAAGAGAAAUUACUAUCCCAGCCCUUGCAUCAGGAGAUAACUUCUUCAAGCUGAACAAGGAUCAAACUGCCAUUUAUCGCGUUAGUUAUUCUGAGGAAAGACUCGAAAAGCUUGGUAAAUCUAUUAAUAGGCUUUCCGCUAAGGAUAAAAUUGGUCUUGUAGCAGACACUGCUGCUACUGCGUCUGCUGGUGUCGGAUCUACCCCUGGCCUGUUGGCUUUCUUGGACGCUCUUAAGGAGGAGAAAAACUACUUUGUUUGGUCCGAGAUUCUUCAGAGAUUGGCUACUCUUCGCUCUGUUUUUGCUCUUCACUCCAAGGAAGUUACCAGCGGGCUCGUUAAAUUUACUGAGCAUCUUAUUACCCCAACCUUGAAUAGACUUGGAUGGGAAUUCUCAAAGGAUGACGAUUUUUUAACUGUAAGAUUAAGAGCUUUGAUUAUUUUGGCUGGUGGUACUGUUGGUAUCAAGUCUGUGGUUGAUGAAUCAAUUUCCCGUUUCAAUAAGUAUAAGACCGGUGAUAAGACCGUCAUUCACCCUAGUGUCAAGAAAGCGAUUUUCGCCACUGUUCUUAAGUACGCAACUGGUAUUGAAUUGCAGGAGGCUUAUGAGGUGGUCCGUAAGGAAUUAGCUAAUCCCACCUCUGUUGAUGGUAGGGAGCUAGCUGCCUUUGCUCUUGGUAAUGUUCAGGAUGCAUCGCUGAUCAAAUCGAGCUUGGGAAUGAUUCUUUCUGGAGAGGUGCCGGUCCAAGAUGUGCACACUAUCGGAACUAGCUUAGCAGCUAAUCCUGCUAGUCGUGAGCAAACUUGGGAAUUCAUUAAAUCCAACUGGACUGAUGUUUAUAAGAAGUUUUCGAGUAAUAUGGUUGUAUUAGACCGUUUUGUCCGUGUCGUCGUCAGUCAGUUUGCAUCUGAGGAGGACUACAACGACAUUAGCGCUUUCUUCAGUGAAAAGGACAACAAGGGUUACGAUCGUUCAUUAUCUCAAGCCUUGGAUGUUAUCAAGUCCAAGUAUCAAUGGGUCGCUCGCGAGACCACUGCUGUCGAAAAGUGGCUUGAAGACAACAAAUUUUAG